CUUGGUCUGGAGAGAGCUGAGACUGCUCAGAAGACUGUGGAUGUUAUUGCUGAGCUGCUGGAGAUAUAUGGCAUGGGAGCAAACUGCACGAAGGACCAGUCUGGCUUUACCUACCACAAUAGCUUCCUCAUCUCAUACAGGACUGAGUCCUGGGUGAUUGAGACGUCUGGGAAGUACUGGGCAGCAGAGAGAGUGGAAGGUAAUUAGCUAUCAGGGUUUGAGUUUGCCCAACUUGAAAACUUUUUUUUGUUGGUAAUAUGUUGUAUCCUCCUCUAGAUGGAUAUCGUAAAAUCUCCAAUUAAUACUCAAUAACAACCAAGAUAAAUAAGGAACACCCUGGGAGUAUGCCAAGAGCCAAGGCUGGUGGGAUGGGAAGGCCCCGUUCAGUUUCGCUGAGACGUACUCUUUCAUGACUACAGCCAGAAUAGAGAUGUCUGGCAGCCAUUACUGCGAAGUGCGGAACCUACUGGAGAGAAGCAAAGGUUAGUUGGUUAAAUAUGAAGAUUAUGUACAUCUUUAGGUUUAGUUGUUUGGGUCAAGUGUAGAAGAAUUGGGUUUGAUGAGAUAAUUUGAAACAGCAUUGAAUCCAUAUAGCAUGCGAACAAUUGACAAUGAAUCAGAGUAUUUAGGACAUAUCACAGCUGAGACGAUGAUGGAUAUCCUGAGGGACAAGGAGAGUUGCAUCAACAUGGAGGGUGUGUUCAUGACAACAGGAAGCAUGGUGUCUGUCGUACCAACAGACCCCACCCUGCUGGGGGUGCACUACAUCACUGGAACUCCUGACCCUGAGAGGUACAGUAUGGAGCUGACACACCCUACCUAG